CCUCUCUCUCUCUCUUCCGAUCGCAAUGUCGACGCGCGUCUUCCUCCUCCUCUCUCUCGCGGCGCUCCUGCUCGUCGCCUCGCUCCCUCGCUCUCUCUCCAAGGACGCCGCCGCCGCCGACGACGACGAAGAUCUCAGCUUCCUCGAGGAGCCCGAGGACGGCCACGACGCCGCGGGUGCGGCGGCGGCGCAUCACGGCGAGUUCGCCGACUCCGACCACUUCGAUGACGACGAGGACUUCGAGAAUUACUCCGAUCUCGACGAGGCGGAGCACGACGGGGACGCGUACAAGGAGCCCGAGGUGGACGACAAGGACGUCGUCGUCCUGAAGGAGGGGAACUUCUCCGAUUUCGUCGAGAAGAACAGGUUCGUGAUGGUGGAGUUCUACGCGCCGUGGUGCGGGCACUGCCAGGCCCUGGCGCCGGAGUACGCCGCCGCCGCGACGGAGCUGAAGGGAGAGGAGGUGGUCCUGGCGAAGGUGGACGCGACGGAGGAGGAGGAGUUGGCUCAGAAGUAUGAGGUGCAAGGGUUUCCUACUGUUUAUUUCUUCGUCGAUGGCGUUCACAAGCCGUAUUCCGGCCAAAGGACCAAGGAUGCUAUUGUGACUUGGAUCAAGAAGAAAACAGGGCCUGGCGUGGAUAACAUAACCACAGUGGACGAUGCCGAACGGGUGUUGACUUCCGAAAACAAAGUUGUUUUGGGCUAUCUUAACCAUUUGAAGGGCCCUGAGAGUGAGGAGCUUGCUGCUGCUUCAAGAAUUGAAGAUGAUGUCAACUUCUACCAAACUGUUAAUCCUGAUGUUGCAAAGCUUUUCCACAUCGACCCUGAAGUCAAGCGUCCUGCUUUGGUCAUCCUUAAGAAGGAGGCAGAAAAGUUAAGCCUUUUGGAUGGUAAAUUUGAGAAGUCUGCAAUAGCCGAGUUUGUUUUCGCGAACAAGCUUCCUCUGGUUACCACUUUUACCAGGGAAAGUGCACCAUUAAUUUUUGAAAGCCCAAUUAAGAAGCAGGUGUUGCUGUUUGCCACAUCAAAAGAUUCGGAGAAAUUUGUCCUGGUAUUUCAGGAAGCUGCAAAGCUUUUUAAAGGAAAACUGAUCUUCGUGUAUGUGGAAAUGGAUAAUGAAGAUGUUGGAAAGCCUGUGUCAGAUUAUUUUGGUGUCUCCGGGAGUGGUCCCAAGGUCCUUGGAUACACCGGAAAUGAUGACAUGAGGAAGUUUUUCCUUGAAGGAGAAGUGACUUUGGAUAACAUUAAGGCUUUUGCUGAGGAUUUCUUGGAGGAGAAGCUAAAACCUUUCUAUAAAUCAGACCCAAUUCCUGAAACUAAUGAUGGUGAUGUGAAAGUUGUUGUUGGGAACAACUUUGACGAAAUAGUGUUGGAUGAGUCGAAGGAUGUCCUGCUUGAGAUAUAUGCGCCUUGGUGCGGGCAUUGUCAAGCAUUGGAGCCUACAUACAACAAACUUGCCAAACAUUUGCGUGGCAUUGAUACUGUUAUUAUUGCCAAGAUGGAUGGAACGACCAAUGAACAUCCCAGGGCAAAGGCUGACGGAUUUCCCACACUUCUGUUCUUCCCUGCUGGAAACAAGAGCUUUGAUCCAAUCACUGUAGACACCGACCGGACUGUGGUGGCUUUGUAUAAGUUCCUGAAGAAGCACGCAUCAAUCCCUUUCAAGCUUCAAAAGCCAGCAUCUACUACACCUGCUGCUACUGAUGCCAAAGAGGGCGAAGAAACCAUUACUACCGAUCUGAAGGAUGAAUUAUAAGGAUGUUCAGGGUAACGGGUGCCUCUCUCUUUCAUCGGGUUAUACGAAAAAGAAGAGAAGAAAAGAAGCGAAUAGCAGUUUAGACGAGUGUAGGGUGAUCAGAGAGAAGAAAAACAUCCAGAGUAAUUUAAAGCCAUUUUCUUCUUCCUAGUUUUGACUCUGUAUCAUCAGUAAUAAAGGGUAUGUAUCCUUCGAA